AUGGAUAACCCAGACCCGCCUGUAACUGAUAAUCAAGAUCCACCUGUGGCUGAUAACCCAGACCCACCUGUCAUUGUGUUAGAUAACCCAGACCCACCUGCCAUUGUGUUAAAUAACCCAGACCUACCUGUACAAAAUCAUCAACACGUUCCUGUCAAUGAUAAUAAUGUGCAAACAGACAAUCCUAUUGAACAACCUUUAGAAAACUUAAUAGGAAUUGGUGCUGAUAUCGUCCCAGAUGGGGCCGGUGAAACUCUUAAUAACAUUGUUGUGGAAGAUGACAUUCUACCUAGAGACAGUAUAUCUCAAGUGAAAUCCAAUGUGCGCAGUACCGCAUCAUCUAGUCUUUCUAAGAUAAAAUACAAAGAGAAGAAAAGAGAAAUAGAACUACAGAAUGAAUUGAAGAAUUUGGUGGAGAAAAACAGAAUGGAAGAUGAAAGGCACGUUAUAGAAAGUAGAUUACAGGUAGAGAAAGCUGAGGAAGAAAUAAGACAGGCCUCAGAAAGAGCUGUGCGUUUGAGACGUCAUCAGGAAUUACAGGACAGACUACGUGAAAUUGCCAGGAAAGAGGAACAGUUAAAAAUACAAUCUCAACUUUCAGUUGCUGCAGAAUUAAAUCGGAUUUAUGUUGAUAGUGAAAUAAGUUUUAAACCUCAACAUUCUAAAGCUGCUAUGGUGACAGAACCAAAAGUGACUAUUAAACCUAAUAUAGGAAUUCCUGUGAACAAUCAAUAUGAUUCUUCUACGGAUAAUAUUCAAAGUGUAAAUCCUGUUAGAGUUCCUUGUGAAUCUGUAGUUAACAUUCAAAGUAAAUCUACGAACAAUCCUACUAGUAGUGAAGAGAACCAGAUUACUUCUAUUCUUAAUAGAACAACAGCGUGA